UUCGGAUUCUCCCCGACACCUCGCUCUAGUGUCUUCGCUCUGCUGUAGACAGGCUCCUGCUGCGCGCAAUUCCUCCCCGUCUCUCGCCAUCUCUGACGUCCGCGGUGGAAGGGGGAAUCGCAUCGAUGGCGGAGGAGCGGGCGGCAGCGGCUGCGGUCGCGGUUGCGGCGGCAGCAGCGGAUACGCCUGCGGAAGCGCCUAAGGUGGACGGGAAGGAGGACGAGGCGAUCCUCGCUCGAGCGCAGAAGCUGAUAUCCAAGAUUGUCGAGACGCAGGUCAACCCCAACCCUAGGCACCUCCAUGCGCUGGCCACGAUUCUCGAGGCCCAGGAAUCCAGAUAUCUUGAGGAAACUGCAAAUUCACCUUUCAACAACAUUAGGUCAUCUCACAACAUUGGAAGGUUGGGUAACUUAGUUCAGGAGAGUGAUGAAUUUUAUGACUUAAUAUCAACCAAAUUCUUAACGGAAAGUGUAUAUUCGCUGAGUAUACGUGCUGCUGCUGCUAGGUUGUUAAUUAGCUGUUCUUCCUGUUGGAUGUAUCCACAUGUUUUUGAGGAUGCAGUGCUUGACAAUGUCAAAAGUUGGGUCAUUUUGGAUAUGGUAGUUUCUGAUGAUAACUGCAUUUGGAAACGUGAACUGGGAGAGGAUAAGCCAACUGAUUCUGAGAUGCUGAGGACUUAUUCUACUGGACUUCUUGCUUUAUCUUUGGCUAGUAGCAGUCAGGUAGUGGAAGAUAUGCUGACAUCGGAAUUGUCAACAAAGCUCAUGCGAUAUCUGCGCACGCGACACUUUGGCGACUCUAACUCUUGUACUGCUGAGACUAACCAUCCUUCAUCUUCUAGUUCCAUCAGAGCAAGAGAUGAAGCUAGAGGUAGAUCUCGCUUGGGGAGUUCAAGGAUUGGUGACCGGAGGCUAUCAGCUAAUCCAGAUACUGAUAGGGACGAUGUUAUUAAACAAGGUCAAGGAGAUCAUUCUUGGGGAGAUGGAAGUGAGUCACAGAAAUCUGUACUAACUGAUUCUUCAUCAGAGUUGGUCAGUGCAAACAAUUUGAUUGAGGAAUCUCCAGGUGCUACUGCUGAUGGAAGGCAGAAGAUAAAUUCAGGGCCUAUAAAUUCAAAAUCUGAGUGUUCUCCUGGAUCAUCUGCCCUAUGCGUUGAUGCUGAUGAUAAGGGGGUGAAUGGAACUUGUAUAGUAAACCAUGGAUUGCCAAAGAGCGAAGUUAAUGCAAGGAUUACUGAAGUUACUCCAGAAAAUGAAAACAGUCCAUCUCCAUCUUGUGGAGCACACUUAGAAGGAAUGAGUCGACCUUCUAGGGAAAGAAACUUCAGUCAACAGGAUGACAAUGGAAAUGUAGUUAUUGCAAAAGAUAACUCAGACAUGCUUGACUGCAAUGAUUCCAUCAUUGAAGAGGAUAAUGAUGAACGAUUACAAGAUUGUAUUGUUGGCAAAAGGGACAUAUCUAACAUGGUGAAAAAAGCAUUAAGAGCUGCUGAAGCUGAAGCCAGAACGGCUAAUGCUCCUAUAGAAGCUAUAAAAGCAGCUGGUGAUGCAGCGGCUGAACUUGUCAAGACUGCUGCUAUGGAGGCGUGGAAAAGCACAAAUGAUGAAGAAGCUGCAGUUCUGGCUGCAUCUCAAGCUGCAUCUACUGUUGUUGAAGCUGCUUUGACGACUGAGAUUUCACGGAAUGCGAGUCGAGUAACCAAUGAAAUUAUGGAAAAGCCUCUUGAAGCCAAAGAGGAGGUUGAUAGAGAAAAUUUCACUAUAUGGGAGACUGAGCAUCUUGCAAGGCUGAGAGACAAAUACUCCAUUCAGUGCCUUGAAUAUUUGGGGGAAUAUGUUGAAGCUCUAGGACCCAUUCUACAUGAAAAGGGUGUAGAUGUCUGCCUUGCACUCUUACAACGCAGCUGUAGAGAUCGUGAAGCUUCUUCUGAACUCCUAUUGCUGCCUGAAGUCCUCAAGCUGAUAUGUGCCUUGGCUGCACACAGGAAAUUUGCUGCCUUAUUUGUUGAUCGGGGAGGAAUACAGAAACUUCUCUCUGUUCGCAGGGAUAUACAUACAUUUUUUGGUCUUUCUUCAUGUUUGUUUACCAUUGGUUCCCUUCAGGCUAUUAUGGAACGUGUUUGUGCUCUGCCGUCCGCUGUGGUGCAUCAGGUGGUUGAGUUAGCUCUUCAGCUACUGGAAUGUGCUCAAGAUCUAGCAAGGAAAAAUGCAGCUAUAUUUUUUGCUGCUGCAUUUGUCUUCAGAGCAAUUCUGGAUUCCUUUGAUUCACAAGAAGGCCUUCAGAAAAUGUUAAAUAUUUUGCAUACUGCAUCGUCUGUUAGAUCUGGUGGGAACUCUGGUGCUUUAGGUGUACCUAAUGCAUCUGCAAGAAAUGAUCGAUCACCUGGUGAAGUACUGACUUCAUCAGAAAAGCAGAUUGCUUAUCACACUUGUGUUGCACUGCGUCAGUAUUUUAGGGCCCAUCUUAUUCUUCUUGUGGAUUCACUUCGCCCAAAUAAAAGUAGUCGAGGUAUAGCCAGAAGUAACUCAAAUGCGAGGGCUGCUUAUAAGCCACUUGACAUCAGCAACGAAGCCAUGGAUUCUGUUUUUCUUCAAAUACAGCGUGACAGAAAGCUUGGCCCUACAUUUGUUAGGACCCGUUGGGCAGUUGUGGAUAAGUUCUUAGCCUUUAAUGGCCAUAUAACAAUGUUAGAGUUGUGUCUGGCCCCAUCUGUUGAUCGGUAUCUUCAUGAUUUGGCUCAAUAUGCAUUAGGUGUUCUCCAUAUUGUCACUUUGGUAAAAGAUAGUCGUAAACUAAUCAUAAAUGCUUCUUUGAACAAUAACCGAGUGGGCAUGUCAGUUAUUCUUGAUGCAGCUAAUGGUGUUGGUUAUGUUGAUCCUGAGGUGAUUCAUCCAGCCUUGAAUGUGUUAGUAAAUCUUGUAUGUCCACCUCCUUCAAUCAGCAACAAACCUUCUGUGGCAGCCCAAGGUCAGCAGCCUGUUUCAGUUCAAACAUGGAAUGGUCCUUCAGAAAAUAGAGAGAAACAUUAUGAAAGAAAUAACUCAGACAAUGUUGCUGCAUUUGCUGUCCAGAAUGAGACGCGGGAGAGAAAUGCAGAACCUGGUUCUAGCUCAAACACCCCUGCACCUUCUAUGUCCGCAGGAGUGGUUGGUGACCGAAGGAUAUCUUUAGGAUCUGGAUAUGGGUCUGCUGGCCUUGCUGCUCAGUUGGAACAAGGAUAUCAUCAGGCUAGGGAGGCUGUUCGAGCCAACAAUGGCAUCAAAAUUCUGUUGCAUCUUCUGAACCCUCGGAUGAUUACACCUGCGGCUGCUCUUGACUGCAUCAGAGCUUUAGCAUGUCGUGUAUUGCUUGGUUUAGCAAGAGAUGAAUCAAUUGCACACAUAUUAACAAAUCUGCAGGUCGGUAAGAAGCUUUCAGAACUUAUUCGAGAUUUGAGCAGCCAAGUAUCCGGAACUGGACAAUCAAGGUGGCAGUCUGAGUUGAUUCAAGUUUCUGUUGAGUUGAUUGCAAUUGUAACAAAUUCUGGGCGUGCAAGCACCUUGGCAGCCACUGAUGCUGCUGCUCCUACACUUAGGCGCUUUGAAAGAGCAGCAAUAGCUGCAGCAACUCCUAUAACUUAUCACUCCAGAGAGCUGUUAUUGCUGAUACAUGAGCAUCUACUGGCAUCUGGUUUAACUGCUACGGCUGCCUUGCUACAGAAGGAAGCUGACUUGACACCUUUGCCAUCAUUAGGAGCACCAGCACCACCAUUACAUCAAACAAAUAUCCAGGAAACUAUGUCUGUGCAAUUUCUGUGGCCAUCUGGUCGUGCACCUGGUGGAUUCCUAGUUGAUUUUACAAAGAUAGCUUCUCAAGAUGAUGAAAGUUGUUUAAAGUCCAAUUUAGCUUUUAGUUCUUUGAAAAGGAAACAGUCCAGGUAUGCUUCCAAGUCCUCCCAUGGGAAAGGCCAACUUUCAUCACAUGCAUCAUCCAAUGCUAGAGCAUCUAGUCUUUCAAAAGCAACUGCACUUUGCAGUGGAGCAGAAACACCAUCUGUAUCAUUUCCCAAAGCUACUUCAGAAACAGAAGUGCCACUUAGAACACCAAUUUGUUUACCAAUGAAAAGGAAACAUUUGGAGUUGAAGAACUCUUCAGAUGCAACACCAGCUAAACGUCUUGCAAUAAUGGACCCAUCUUCUCAAUCUCCAUUAUUUCAGACACCAUAUUCUUGUAGGAAGAAUUUUCUGCCAAUGGACACUGGAAGCUUGUCCCCCUUUGUAUAUCAGAGUCCAGGAGAACCAUUCAGCAGAACAUCAUUCAACAACAUUAUUGGAGAUACACCAGAUGACAUUCGAUGUCAGAUCACACCUGGAAUGCCAUUGACAUCUAUUCCUCAACCUGGCCCGCUUGGUAACUCACAAUUAGGAAACACUGAAAGGAUGACACUUGACUCAUUGGUGGUGCAAUAUUUGAAGCAUCAACAUCGACAGUGCCCAGCUCCUAUUACCACUUUGCCUCCACUUCCUCUUUUGCAACCACACAUCUGCCCAGAACCUAGCCAUAGCUUGCGUGCACCUGCAAAUGUAACAGCACGUGUUAGUAAUCGAGAGUUCAGGAAGCAAUAUGGUGGGGUUUAUGCUCAUCGUAAUGACCGUCAAUAUAUAUACAGCAGAUACAGGCAUUGUCGCACUUGCCGUGAUGAAACUACACUUCUAACAUCUCUUACUUUCCUUGGGGACUCUUCACGUAUUGCAACAGGGAGCCAUUCCGGUGAAUUAAAGAUAUUUGAUUCAAACAGUGGCAAUUUAUUAGAGUCUCAGACCUGCCACCAGAGUUCUAUUACACUGCUUCAAUCAGCCUUGUCUGGUGGAAACCACUUGGUUCUCUCUUCUUCCUUUCAUGAUGUCAAGCUGUGGGAUGCUUCAUCCAUAUUAGGAGAUCCUUUGCAUACAUUUGCAAGUUGCAAAGCUGCUCGCUUUAGUCAUUUAGGUACCAGCUUUGCAGCCUUAUCAUCAGAAGCAUCGCGCCGAGAGGUUUUUCUAUAUGAUGUGCAAACUUUCACACAAGAGUUGAAACUUUCUGAUAACCGAAGUUUCCAGUCAGGCACAGUUCGAGGGCAUGCCCAAUCACUUAUACACUUUAGCCCUAUGGAUACAAUGUUACUAUGGAAUGGAACUUUGUGGGAUAGGAGAACUUCACAUGCAAUUCAUCGGUUUGAACAGUUUACUGAUUAUGGUGGAGGUGGAUUUCAUCCUGCUGGAAAUGAGGUUAUCAUAAAUUCAGAGGUGUGGGAUCUCCGGAAGUUCAAGCUUCUGAGAACAGUACCAUCAUUGGACCAGACGGUGAUUACUUUUAAUGGUGGUGGGGAUGUCAUUUAUGCAAUCCUGAGGCGCAACGUGGAAGAGAUUACUUCAGCCAUCAACGCACGUCGCGUUCGGCACCCACUGUUUCCUGCCUUCCGCACCAUUGACGCUGUGAAUUACUUAGACAUUGCGACUGUCCAGGUUGACCGAUGCGUCCUAGACUUUGCCACCGAUCCUACAGACUCUUUUGUUGGUGUCAUUGCCAUGGAUGACCAUGAAGAGAUGUUCUCAUCUGCUAGGGUCUACGAGGUUGGAAGGAAGCGUGCCACCGAUGAUGAUUCAGACCCAGAUGAUGGUGGUGAGUCAGACGAGGAUGAAGAUGAAAACGAGGAAUCGGAUGAUGUGGAUAUAGAUUCAAUCUUUGAGGCUGAUUUGGCCGGUGAAGGUGACUCCUCAGAUGAUCUGAGUAAUGAGGAUGAUGAAGAUGGCGACAGUGCAGAUGAUCUCGACGAAGAUGGUGAUGUCAACUACGAUGAUCUUGAUGAUUUUGAGGCGGCUCAAGGAAUGCUUGAGAUCAUGGCCGUGGGGGAUGAGGAUGCAGACGUGGACGACGACAGUGAGGUUCUUGAGUCCCUCAGUAGCUAUGAGGAAGGGGAUUUUGCCUGAUAAGUUUCUGAGACGGUGUAAAUUUUUAGUUUUUUUUUUUGGUCUUCUCGAUCGGAAAAAUUAGACGUUUUCUUUAAAAGCUAGGGAAAGGUAGA